AUGCCCUCACAACGUCGCUUCCCACCCUCUCACGAUUAUGAGCUACUCCCACGAAGCUCGGUCGAUAUACCGAGUCCAUCAGACCUAGAUGACAAACCCACCAGUCCCUCCUGGGUUGCGCGCCUCGCAGGUGCUGUACCGUUCGGCGUGAAGCACAUCUCCAACUACUCCACAUACACACACUACAUAACACCACGCCGAAAGAAGCGAUCCAUUCUCCGCCUAAUAUACUGGUCGCUCUUCUCUAUUCCCUACAUACUCCUUCUACUUGUCCUCUUCGUGAGCGUCUUCUUUCCCUCCUAUACUACACUCCCUCCUCGAUACGAAGAACUCCGACAGCUCGCACUCAGCUCCAACCAAACAGGUCGCGCAAACGUUUUCAAAGAGAAGGUCUUCAUCGCAGCCUCCAUAUACGAAGAAAAUGGGUCGUUGACAUCGGGAGAAUGGGCUGAGUCGGUAUUGGACCUCGUGGACUUGCUGGGUCCGGAGAAUGUUCACCUCAGCCUAUACGAGAAUGACCCUGAUGCGCUAACGCGGCAGUCGCUCCUGGAAUUUGAGCGCAGAGUCACAUGCAAUUCCACCAUCACCGCAGAAACUCUUGAUCUGGGAGAACUUCCCCGCGUCACACUGCCCAACGGAGAAACACGAAUCAAGCGGAUCGCGUUCUUGGCAGAUGUGCGGAACAAGGCACUGGCGCCCAUCGACGAGGCCGGCGUCGUAUUCGACCGAGUUUUGUUCCUGAAUGACGUCAACUUCAACCCCAUCGACGCGGCACAGCUCCUCUUCUCCACCAAUGUCGACACCUCCGGCCGCGCAAAUUACGGGGCAGUCUGUGCCGUGGAUUUCAUCAACGCCUUCAAGUUCUACGAUCGAUUUGCGACCCGCGAUCUCGACGGCUUCAAUCCCGGAAUUCCGUUCUACCCCUGGUUCACCAGCGCCGGGACAGGCACGAGCAGGAACGAUGUCUUGUCUGGUUCAGACGCCGUCCGCGUCAGGAGCUGCUGGGGAGGAAUGAUUGCCUUCGAAGCGAAGUGGUUCCAAGACCAGCAGCGUCUGCGCCCAAAUACCACCCAGGACCUCUCGCCAGCGCCUACGACGAUUAGCACGGACACAUCUCCAUUGCGCUUCCGCUACGAGACCGACAUUUUCUGGGAUUCAUCAGAGUGCUGCUUGAUCAAUGCCGAUCUGCAGUACCGCAGGACCGGUCAGGGAAUGCCUUUCGAGUCGGGCAUCUUCAUGAACCCUUAUAUUCGAGUUGCAUACGACCCGAAAACGUUAGCAUGGCUUUCGGUCACCCGCCGACCGGAACUCCUGUAUUCUCGCAUUCACGAUAUCUUGAACCACUGGGUCGGAUUCCCACAAUACAACGAGCGCCAGCUGGAAAACCCAGGAGACGUCGUCCAAGACCGUGUCUGGGAAUACGACGACCCUAAACACGCCUUCCAGAAGAACGCCACCGACGAUACUUUGUCCGGCCACUAUCGCGACAGAAGAAACUUUCCAGCAUCGAUCAUAUGCGUCGACCUCGUUGUCCGGCAGUUCCCAGGCAAGAAACACUUCAAGAUCGAAGACAGCAAUGUGUUCCUAUCUGGCGGCCUGAGUCUAAGCUUUGGAGUCAUGAUCUUUUCGGCUCUCUACAGCAUGCUGCCGUCUGCGAAGGACUACCUGCAGAAGGGCGGCCUUGGACCCAAGAUAGCCACCUUGGUGUUGGUAGGGUGCUUUCUUGCGGGUGCGUUGGGGAUCGCGGUGCUGUCGAGAAUCCUGCAUGGAUACAUCCCGCACUCGGUGGUGGACUGUGACCACGACCAUGGAGAUGAGGAAGAGGGAAAGGAUGUAGAUGGCGAGCAUGAUCACUCUCAUCUCGAAAGACCCAUGGAAGAGCAUAGCCACGUCCACGCUCAUGGCCACUCUCACGACGACGCCGAAGACUCAUACGGCACCCUCCCGUCCGGACUCGCUCGACGACCCUCGCUCCACGCUCAAAUCUCCACCAAGGUCUCGCGACUCGUAACCGGCUCGAAGGAGUUCUGCGACGAAGACGGGCAAUGCUUUGGCUACUCCGACCCCUGCGGUCAAGAAUGCUUCCGCAACGUGCAACAAGCUCGCAUCCCACGAAGCAACACCACCAACAGCAUCACCACCAAACCCAGCCUCCGCGGCCUCCGCUCUUACACGACCCCCCACGAACGCCAACCACUCCUCCAAGACGUCGACGAAGAAACCCCCCUAAUCGCACCGGCCAGCAUCUCCAAUCCCACCUCCCCCACCGCCACGACGAACGGCCACCACUCCGCCGCCUCGAAACCCACCGUCCACAAGAAACCCUCCACCGCCUCCCUCGCCUCCUCCCACCACACCACCACCUCCACGCACUCCCACACCAAGCAACACCACCACCACGUCCCGACCAACGUCUUCCUCUCCAUCGGCCUGCAAACCAGCAUCGCAAUCGCGCUCCACAAGAUACCCGAGGGCUUCAUAACGUACGCCACCAACCACGCGAACCCCCGCCUCGGCGUCUCCAUCUUCCUCGCCCUCUUCAUCCACAACAUCACCGAGGGCUUCGCCAUGGCCCUCCCCCUCUACCUCGCCAUCUCCUCCCGCUGGAAAGCCAUCGCCGUGUCCGCCCUCCUCGGCGGCGUAAGCCAGCCCCUCGGCGCCGGCGUCGCAGCGCUGUGGUUCAACCUCGCGGGGCGGCGGGAUGGCGACAGCGACAGCGGGAAUGCAGGUGAGCCGGGGGACGUGGUGUACGGGUGCAUGUUUGCGGUGACGGCGGGCAUCAUGGCGAUGGUGAGUUUGCAGUUGCUGGGCGAGAGUCUGGAUCUCACGCAUUCACGGAAACUGUGCUUUGCGAGUGCGUUUCUGGGCAUGGGGAUUCUGGGGUUGAGUUCGGCGCUUACGGCGUAG